UUGAUCAUUUCCAUCUUUUUCUAUUUUAGUUUCAGAUUUCCAGGACAGGCACUUCACGUUUUUUGUGUGUUCAAUUUAAGCAUUUUUAAAAUAUGGCGCCCUGUUCCUUUAAUACCAAAGCUUGAUUUACGCGCUCAUAUUGUUGGAAUAACGCACUCAAACAUAAUGUUGACAGCGUAGUCAUGUAUAUGUCUACUUUUGAUUUUUGAAUUGGGUGCUGGUUUUCAAGCUCACAACCCCUGUGUAAAACGUAUCUGCAGUUUUAUUUCUGUUUUCAUUAUUUAAUCCCAUUAGGUACUUGGCAGGAGUGAUGUUAUUAUCAGAGUCAUCUGACAAAAUAAGUUAAUUCGACAAUUAUUUAAUUCAACUUACUGUUGAAUUAUUUAAUUCAAACCUGUUAUGUUUUAUUCAUAAGAAUGCUAAACAGAAUUAACUUAUUUCUUUCUGCAGUUUACAAUGUAAUUGCUAAACAGUCAGGUGAUCGUGCUGUGCAAUCUCCAACAUUCCACACCUGCCUUGAUCUGGCACAAGUCAUUGAAAUGAUACAUCAAAAGAUGACCUGCCAGAAACAGCGGUAUCUUUCUUUCCUACUCUCUCUGAUUGUUACAUAGAAUGUAGAACAGUACAGCACAGGAGCAGGCCCUUUGGCCCUCUAUGCCCAUGCCAAAUGUGAUGCCAAUUUAAGCUGUCUGCGUGUGAUCCAUAUCCCUCCAUUCCCUGUACAUCCAUGUGCCUCUAAAAGCCUCUUCACAGACACUGUUGUAUCUGCCCUUGAUACAAUCAGCACAGGAGCAUCUCAAUGCUGUGUUUUUGUCCCCUGGCUCUACUCACUCUAUACCCAUGACACAGUUGCAACGCCAUCUUCAAAUUCACCACUGUUGUGGGAUGAUUUGUGGGUAAUGAUGAGUCAGAGUAUAGUAGGUAGGUACAUUGAAUGUUGCCAGAACAACAACCUUGCUAUCAACGUUGGCAGGACCAAGGAACUGAAAGCUGACUUUAAAAGAGGGAAGCUGAGGAUCCAUGCACCUGUCUUGAGAGGCCCAGGAGCCGUUGGUGAGGGAGGAGCGACCUCCAAGCGGUGAGUGUAAAAACCCAGCGCGGGGCUUGUUUCAACAGAGGCCCAGGAGCCGUUGGUGAGGGAGGAGCCAAAAUCUGCAACGUUCCAUUCGCAGAUCACACUUCAAAUUAAGUGGGCUUGAGGAAGCCGCUGAUUGAUCGAAUGGACUAGAGGAAGCAGCUGAUUGGUUUGUAUCCCAGGUAAGGCUUUGUAUUGUAUCCAGGAUAAGGGGGGGAAGAAUGAGGGCCAGGGCAGUUUACUGUUCUGGAUGUCAGAUGUGGGAGGUCAUGGAGUCUGAGUGCCCUCCAGACGUCCACAUCUGCGCCAGGUGCGUCGAGAUGGGGCUCCUAAGGGACUAUGUUAGGAACCUGGAGCAGCAGCUCGAUGACCUCUGUCUGCUCAGGGAGAGUGAGGAGGUCAUAGAGAGCAGUUAUAGGGAGGUGGUCACUCCAAGACCACGGGAGGCAGACAACUGGGUCACAGUUAGGAAGGGCAAUGGGCAGUGGCAGGGACUAGUGAGUACCCCGGUGACUGUACACCUUGAAAAUAAGUACUCAUGUUUGAGUAAGGGUGGGGGAGACAGCCUACCUGGGGGUAACGACAGCGGCCGGGCCUCUGGCACAAAGACCGGUCCUGUUGCUCAGAAGGGUGAGGAAAAGAAGAGGAGGACAAUAGUAAUAUGGGACUCUAUAGUCAGGGGGUUGGAUAGACGAUUCUGUGGACGCAGACAGGAGACCCGGAUGGUAGUUUGCCUCCCUGGUACCAGGGUCAGGGAUGUGUCUGAACGUGUCCAAGAUAUCCUGAAAUGGGAAGGAGAGGAGCCUGAGGUCGUGGUGCAUAUAGGUACCAACGACAUAGGUAGAAAAAGAGAAGCGGUUCUGAAAGGAGAAUUUAGGGAGUUAGGAAGAGAGUUAAGGAGAAGGACCGCAAAGGUAACAAUCUCAGGAUUACUGCCUGUGCCGCGCGACAGUGAGAGUAGCAAUGGUGCGAGGUGGAGGAUAAAUGAGUGGAUGAAGGACUGGUGCAGUGGGUAUGGAUUCAAGUUUCUGGAUCAUUGGGAACUCUUUUGGGGAAGGUGCGACCUGUACAGAAAGGACGGGUUGCACUUGAACUCGAGGGGGACCAAUAUCCUGGCGGGGAGAUUUGCAAAGGCUACUGGGGAGACUAUAAACUAGAACGGUUGGGGGGAGGGACUCAAAUAGGGAAAGCUAGCAGUCAGUGUGUGAGGCAGGAGGCAGAGAAGGGUAGCACUCUGACCUAAAAUGUAGGGGAGAAAGAAGAAAAAGACAAUAAACAGAGAAUAAGAGGGGGUGGGUUUUUUAAAUGUGUAUAUUUUAAUGCUAGGAGCAUUGUAAGAAAGGUGGAUGAACUUAGAGCCUGGAUUGACACCUGGAAGUAUGAUGUUGUGGCGAUCAGUGAAACAUGGUUGCAGGGGGGCUGUGAUUGGAAACUAAAUAGAUGCGAAAGGAUUUAAAAGGACUGAUUUGGGACAUUUUGCUUUAUGGGAAAGAUGUGGAAGAGAAAUGGAGGACAUUUAAAGGUGAAAUUUUAAGAGUACAGAAUCUUUAUGUCCCUGUUCGGUUGAAAGGAAAUAGUAAAAAUUGCAAAGAGCCAUGGUUUUCAAGGGAAAUUGGACACUUGGUUUGGAAAAAGAGAGAACUACAAUAAUUAUAGGCAGCAUGGAGUA